UCCUAUAUAUUUGUGCUUGUUGGAAUACUCAGGCUUCAUGGUUUACAGGGAGAAAUGUCAUGAUCUGUGUCAGAUUUAUUUCUUUAAAAGAACAAUUUUGGGAGAGAGCUGUAACAAAGAAGGGACAAUGAAGUUACAGUCAUAUUUUCUACAUUUUCCUAAUUCCUCUCCUUUUAAGGACUACUUCAAGCUAAACAUCUGGAUGUUUAUUCUUCUUUUGUAGGUGAAAAGUUCUUCAGGAGCUAAUGCUCACACUCUCUCUUUUUCUCACUCUUUCUCUUGCUAUAUUUUCCCUCUUCUUAUUACUUUUUUCCUGCUGAUUCCUCUCUUUCCCUCUGCCUGUCUCUGUAACCACCUGUCUUUCCUUCAUUCUUCUUUUCUUACGGUCUAUGCAUCUCUUUAGCAUGUCCCGGGUGAUGCUUCUGCUGCCUCUGUGCAUAGCACUUAUGACAGUAAGACAGGGUCAGGGAGUCCCACUGAAAGAAGAGGAGGAAUGGAAAUCAUUAGACAAUCCCAGAAACAGAGACCUGUUUUUCAGAACCCUGCAGGCAUAUUUUUUGAGAAGAGGUCUUGAUCUUGAGAAGUUUCCAAAAACUUUCUACAUAAACAAUGAGAAGCCUCGGCCUUCUUCUUUCCACUCGGAUUUCCUUACUUCUGCAAUUGUGGAUUAUGAAGAACAGAAAAACUCCUUUUCCAAUUACUUCAGGGGCUGAAACUCAGCUCAGGUAAAAAUGAGCAUUUUGUUCCCAAUCACAAUAAGCACAUGAAGAUCCAUCAUACAAAAGAGAUGAUGAUGAUAUGUGUAUGACAACCUCUUUUUCGCCCUAGAAGAACAACUUGACAUUGUUAAUUGUUAUCAUUAUCUUCAACAUCUAAUUUAGUUGUACAUGAGUAAGAUAA